CGGUAGGAUCUGUGUGACAGUACAGGGUACAGCUUUAGGUUGAGGGGCAGCGAGAGGAAUUUCUCCCGAUCCCGCUAUAUUUGUACCACUAUUCCAUCAUAACAAACAUCAGAUUAAUUCAAAUUGAUAUCGUUUCGACACCGUGCUGGAAAUCCGCGGAGGUUGCCACAGUGGAGAAUAUUUACCACUCGCCCGCUGGACUUUAUUUGACUACAACGUUACUGUUAGUCGAACUUUCCUUUUUUAUUUUGGAUUGUGUUGCCAUUUGAUUUUUCCCUCGUUUUUAUUUCCAACCGGGUGACAGCUACACGAUUCUGUUAUCUGCGGGUGCUUCAGUCCCUUUUCAAAAUUAGGAGCGUUUUAACGAAAAGUUUUAUUUUCACUUCUAUUUUUGGGGGGGAGCAUUGCAGGUUUUCACGAUGAACAAGCUAUACAUUGGAAAUCUGAAUGAAAACGUGACCGCGGAGGACUUGGUUAAAACCUUUGAAGAUUUCAAGAUCCCAUACUCUGGUCAGUUUCUCAUGAAAACGGGUUAUGCGUUUGUUGAUUGCCCGGACGACCAAUGGGCGAUGAAAGCGAUUGAAGCAUUUUCUGGUAAAGUGGAACUUCACGGCAAACGAAUCGAGGUCGAGCAUUCUGUCCCUAAAAAGCAGAGGACCAGAAAACUGCAGAUCAGAAACAUUCCACCACACCUACAGUGGGAGGUUCUUGAUGGUCUGCUCGCCCAGCACGGAACUGUUGAGAACUGUGAACAAGUGAACACUGACAGCGAGACUGCAGUCGUGAAUGUCACUUAUGGGACCCGGGAACAAGCUAGACAAGCAAUCCAGAAACUCAAUGGCUACCAGUUUGAGAACAACGCCCUGCGUGUGUCAUACAUCCCUGAUGAGAAUUCGGAUGUCGACUCCCAGCGAGGUCCAGAGAACGGCCGCCGUACCGGAUUCGGUUCACGUGGAAAUUCCCGCCAGAUGUCACCCGGUUCAGGAAUCCCCUCCAAACACCAUCACGCCGACAUCCCUCUCAGACUGCUGGUGCCCACGCAGUACGUGGGUGCCAUCAUAGGCAAAGAGGGUGCCACCAUCCGCAACAUCACCAAGCAAACUCAGAGCAAGAUUGACGUGCAUCGUAAAGAGAACGCAGGAGCUGCUGAGAAGCCCAUCAGUAUCCAUUCUACUCCAGAGGGCUGUUCUGCUGCCUGCCGCAUGAUCCUGGAAAUCAUGAAUCAGGAGGCCAAAGACACCAAAACUGCUGAUGAGGUUCCUCUGAAGAUUCUCGCGCACAACAACUUCGUCGGCCGUUUGAUUGGCAAAGAAGGUCGCAACCUGAAGAAAGUCGAACAAGACACGGACACCAAGAUCACCAUUUCACCACUGCAGGAUCUGACUCUUUAUAACCCAGAGAGGACCAUCACAGUGAAGGGCUCUAUUGAAGCGUGCUUCCUAGCGGAACAGGAGAUCAUGAAGAAAGUGCGCGAGGCAUAUGACAAUGACAUCGCUGCAAUGAAUCAACAGACUCACCUGAUCCCUGGACUAAACCUGGGCGCAAUCGGCCUCUUCCCACCGUCCUCUGCCAUGCCUCCAUCUGCCCUGGGAAACUCUGUACCCGGGCCCCCCUAUGGCCCUGUUGGGGCCUGUGAACAGGAAACUGUCCACGUGUACAUCCCAGCGCAGGCCGUGGGAGCCAUUAUUGGCAAGAAGGGACAACAUAUCAAACAACUGAGCCGCUUCGCUGGAGCGUCUAUUAAGAUUGCACCUGCAGAAGCUCCAGACUCAAAAAUGCGUAUGGUCAUUGUCACAGGACCACCUGAAGCCCAGUUCAAGGCUCAAGGCAGGAUAUAUGGUAAACUGAAGGAGGAGAACUUCUUUGGGCCCAAAGAGGAGGUCAAGCUGGAGACACACAUCAAAGUAGCCGCUGCCGCAGCAGGAAGAGUCAUUGGAAAGGGAGGGAAAACCGUGAAUGAGCUUCAGAAUCUCACCGCUGCCGAGGUUGUGGUUCCCAGAGAGCAAACCCCUGAUGAACACGACCAGGUCAUCGUCAAAAUCAUCGGCCACUUUUACGCAAGUCAGCUGGCACAAAGGAAGAUCAGGGAUAUUUUGACACAAGUCAAGCAACAGCAGAAAGGAGGUAUGGGAGGUCCACCGGCUCCCAACCCACAGAGCAUGACUGAGCUGACUGACCCACAGGGGCUGGCACAGGAACCCAAGAGGAAGUGACACGCCUGGGCCCUUACCUAGCCAGAUGGACAGACAAAUGGAGGGCAAACGAGCGGAUUGACUGAGAAAGUGACACACAGACCCAGCGGUAGACAGGGAGAAAAGAGCAUCAACAUGAGAGGGAAUUAAAAAAGAAAAAGUAUAAAAAAAGUUGACUGAGAGAGGACACACGUUUAGUGAAAAGGAACAAGAAAAAGAGUGAUUUUUAUUAUUAAAAAAAGAGUGAUACUAGAAAACAGAGACCAGAUGCCAGGCCAGGUGGAGUGACUGUGGAUGGCUAGGAGCGCCCUCUAGUGAGAGUUUUCGUAGAUAGCCACUUAUUAGGAAUAGGGUAUAACCGAGGGCCUCUCUUGUGCAAUUGCCUCAAAAGUGUGUACUCUUAAGAGGUUUAGGCUACCUGGGACCCUCAGCCAUCAACAGUCACUUCCGAAUUUUAACUUUUUUUUAAAAGAUAGAGAUAUAUGUAUAGAAAUGUUUAUUCAGAGGUAUUAUUAAUGAAAUGCAGUGAGGUAGAGAUGGGCGAGAGAGAACAGAGAAACCAUCACUUUUUGGGGGCGCACCUCCGCCUACCCAUCAGACAUAAGGGGAGGGGCCAAAGUUGUUAACACUGCUCGUGAGAUGACAUAAGACGAAAAAAUGAGGUUGUAAAUAUAAUCUUCAUGACUUUGUGUUGAGAUGCUGCACGUUUAGCUGUCAGCGGUCGUGCACCUGAAAGCGUGUUUGUGAGGGUGGUCGUUUCUUUCAGGCUGCGUGCUGAUUGGCUGGCAGGACGUGUGGCGAGAGUUCAGUAAAUAUGUGUGGGCUAAAGAUGACCUCUGCAGUUAUAUUGCAGUGGCUCAGCUUUGGGAUGCAGAAACACACAGAUCCCACCCUAAACCACGCCGGCGAUGUCCGCUGCAGCGUUGCUCGCACCCAAACGGCAUAUUUUAUAUAUAUUAUAUAUAUAUGAUAUGUGAGUUAACCUGGCCCCUCAUUGCAUAGGAGCAGGCAGAUAAAAGAAUGGAGAAUGGGAUUGGCGGUAUUUCGAUACGACCUAGACCAUCUUUAAAAAAAAAAAGUAUUUUCAGGAAUGUAUGAGUACAUCUUUACAAUUUUUAAAACAAGAAUCGUCAUCUGUAAACCUGGCCUUCAAACAGCUUGUUUUGGCUUUCGCUUGAGGAUAACAUGUUAAAUAUGCAGAGACGGGAACAGCAAGGCCAGGUUUGAAAUGACGAAAACUGAUCAUUGGUAUGAAGGGUCAAGGCCCUGCCUUUUGGUUGAAGGUCAAGAACAGGUGAUGACAAAAUGGUUUCUGUGUUCUCUCCCCUCCACUUUGUUCUACAUUUGCCGAUGAGGUUGCCAGAGACCUGGCCUUUCUCACUGAACUUAGAACAGAUUAGAUGAAAUGAAAUUAAGAAAUAACAAAAAACCUACCUCAGGUAUUGUUACCUCAGUAUUCCUAAUUUGUAUUCAUUUAUUUUCUAUUUUUUUUUGCUUGCUUGCUGGUGUUUUAUAAAAAGCUGAUAGUCUUGAAUAUUUUAUUUUUUUAAAGAAAAAAUAUUUUGAGGUUUUUUUCCGUUUGCUUUUUCUCUUUUCUUUUCAGUAUGCGUGUGCGAAUGAGUGUUAUACUGAGGGCUUUCCCUCAUCUCGGCUCAAAAUGACACCCGGGGAAAUCAAGGAAUUUGUGAGCAGUCUUUGAGGAUGAUGUUCCUGGGUGUCUUUACAGAGCUGCAAUUGAAAUCUGGCCAAUGGGAAAUUUAUACCACCUGUCACUGGUGCAUAAGGAACGUUUCACACCACAGGUCUGACUUGUAUGAAUUAUGAUUAAAAAAAGUUUUUUUUGUCAAAGGCCUGACCAUAGAGAGUAGAGAGCUAAGGAUGGUCUUAAAUGAAGGACGCACAUGAAGCCUUUUCUGACAAGUGCCAUCGUAUGUUCACCUGUGGUGUGAUUGUGCGCUAAAGGUUCACAUUUUGACUCCACAAGCGAAUGGGUAAUUUGCUUGAAAGGGCUUGUAUGGGAGAACUAAAUUGAACAGGAUGUCAACCCCAAGGCACUGAAUGUAAACAUCAAUUUUUUUUAAUGGAGUCUCCUAAUUCCCCAUGGUCCUGUGCGAGUGCGUUGUCUAAUUUGAAUGAGUUUCAGUGUUUGAUCUUUCUUUGGGGAAGUGGUUUGGGUGUUUAAAAAUGGCAGAAAAUUUUAAAAACUCGUUUUUUUAAGCUGACUCGGAACAUAAGAGGUACCUUUCGAAAAACGGAAGCCAAAAAAUGGAAACAUUCCAAUCGCAAAUUUACCUGUAAAUAUGUGUUCAAUGAGAACAAUCCGGAACAGUUUUUGUAUUUUUUGAAUAAAAUGCUAACUUGUUUAAGGAUGGUAAGACGAUGAGAACCGUUAAAGAUGGAUGGACACUGCCAGAAUGCAGCCACCUCUGGGUUUUCAACACGUUCAUACGCUUUAACAGGACACAAUCUUUUUCUUUUAAGCUUCCUUUUUCGAACACUUAAGGUUUGAACCUUUUACUGAUUCAAUGCUACCACCCUUCAGUCCGUGUCCUGAUUCAGCCUUCAGAUUUCUGUCAGACACCACGACACGCUCGCACACUUUCACUCUUUUCAGACUGCAGCAGCCAUUUUAUUUAUUUUAUUUACAGCAAGCUUUAUUUGGACAUGACAUCUGGUUGUGAACUGUUUCAUCAAUAUAAAAAAAUCACAAAAAAAUGUAAGAGAAUAUUAACAUAACAGCAGAUCUCCAAGAACUAACAUAACUGUGACAAAAAUUGAAAAAGUAGAUAUGUUAUAUUAUGAAAUUGCAUUUUUGUUUUGUUAUGUUUUGGGUGUAAGUGAUGAGAGGGAUUUAUGGCCUGGACAGUUUUAAUGGAGAGGUGGACAUUCCUUCAAAGCUUGUUUAUAAAGAGACACAAUGUUUUUUUUAUUUGCUGGAUGUUUUUUAACAGUUGAGAUCCCCCUCCUUUUUUACUCCACGUUCUUUAAUCCCUUUACACCAUCACUGCCUUCAUCCAAUCAUUCUGUUUUUAUGAUUUUCCUUAAAUUGCAUUGUUUUGAAUCAUGUCAUUUCAGUUCUGGAGCCGAACGCCCUCUCUCACGCUGGCAUUGUUUGUGACGGUUUUCUCUGUUCAGUUCAGUCGUUUGACGUUUCAUUUCUUUUAGUUUUGAUUUUCGUUCUUUUUCUCAAACAGUCUUUACUUAGUUCGGAUUAUAACUAGAUUUCUCCUCCUUGAUCAGAGUUCUUUCUGCACACACACCCUUACACUGCUAUUAGUAGAUUUGACAUACUAACAAAUAAUACUUCUCGUAACACCUGUGCCAAACAGGGGCCGUGGUUUUUUGGGAGCUACUUAAGAAGGCACACAGUCGGGACGGAAGCGGUGCUCAUACGACUGCGCAGUUCCCCGAGUACUCUUAGAUGGUCUCCCGUUUGGCACUUGUUCUUGGAAAUGUUAUCUCUCUUUUUCCCCCCCCGAAGUCCUUUGCUGGUGUGGCAGGGGCUUGAACAAACAGUAGAACAGUCUUGUUAGCAUACUUGAGCUUCGAAAAGAGACAGUAUGUUGUAUACUUAUGCAAUUCUGUGGCGAGCCAAGCGCAUGGCUUGUCGGACGUUGUUGGUUAUGGACUGUCAACUGUAUGCUGAGAAGUCCACGAGGACGAAGCGAUCACCCCAUCCGUUGUAUUGCAGUGCAUAGAUGUACAUGUAGACCACAGAUUGAACCUCAGCGUAGUUGGGUGUGAUCGUAAUUUUGACGUUGCAUGCCACUGUUGUAUCUCACCAUGCUAGUGUCUGGCCUCUCCUUAAGGAAAACAUUUGGGUGCUACAAAUACGACUCGAACCUCACAUAACUAGGAACGCUACCUCAAUAUUUAGCCAUAAGAUUGUGUUUAUCAACCAGACGAGAGCAAAAGUGCAUGUUACAUUAACAUUUAUUUUUAAUUUAUUUUUAGCUUUUCGUUUCUUUUAGGGGUUUGGUUAGGAUUUUACUACUUCAGCUUACAGUUGGGACUUCGAUUAACAAUUGACGGCUAAAAUUCGGGGAAGGGGGCGCAGGGCAGGAAAUAAACACAUGGUGUGAUGGUUUGCAUAGUGUGAGGAGGAGAAGCAUACUCGAGGGAUAAUGGGGAGAAAAUGGUCUUAAAUACAUCCUUUAAACUUUCUUAUAUCAUAAGAUCUUUCCCAAAUACUCUUACCCAGAAUCCCCUUAAGCAGGGUGGUCUAUUAGGAAACAUUUGGAAGAAACUGGCAGCAUUUGUUGACUGAAUGACGAGGCUUGCGUUAGAUAUUACGAAGGCACAAAACUGUAGAUGACGCACAGUUUUGCCUGUUUCAGUAUCUCAAUGUCCUUUCCCAACUUAAUGGGACCACUCUACCUCCACGCCAUGCAGCCUUGACCUACCAUUACUUGGACCUUAAAUACAACCCUUUCCCAUCUUGAUCAUGUUAGAAGCUGCCCUUUUCUGGCUGAUUUUGAAAACAUGUUUUACCGUGUCUUUUCUUUGAUGGUUGUGGCUAGGAUGAGUGAAACUGGAUUUAAAUCGGCAAUAAAACGGCACAUUCUGCCCAGAGCUUCUACUAACAUUCUGUCGUCCAUCUGUAGUCCCCUUUUAUUAAUUCACACCCUGAUUCACGGGGCACGAAACCUGUAACCAUGUAUUUUAAUUUUUUUUAAAUCUACCUCUUAGAAAAUUAGGACAGAUCAAAAAAUUCAAUCAUAAGAAAAUAUUUCAGCAACUGGGUAGCAACAUCUCCAUAUACUGUAGUGGAUAGAAACCUUUUACUUCCAAAGAUUAUUUUCUCCAGUUGUUGUUGAAAUUGUUCGGGAAGAAUUUGGAAAUGGAAUAAAUAGAAUGUGAGAGGGGUAAUAAAAAUAAUUUCACUAUCCGAUUUCGUUUUUUAUUAUGAUUAAACUGAUUUUCAUUUUUAACCUACAAAUUCUUCAUCUUUUUAUUUGAUUUAUAUUUCUGAUGGCUUUUAAAAGUGACAUAGGAUUGUAUCUCUUAUGUUUGCAAUAGAAUUUGCUGUCUUUCUCUGUGAACCACAACAUAAUAGUAUCUUUUCAGGGCGCACAGAGCAGCAUGAUGUUAAAAUCAUUUUCAGUUUUAUGGUAACGCUUUACAAUAAGUUUCAGUUUGUUAGCAGUAGUUAAUGAUGAGGUAGUGAUGGACAACAAAUGCAGCGUUUAUAGGUUAAUACAUGUUUUUUGUUCUUGAAAUGUGAAAAUGUUUUAAUAUUUGUGGAUAUCAACAUUAACCAGGAUUAAUACAUAAUAAAUGUACGAUUUAGUGUUCUUACAUGUUAUUUUGUUGCAUUACCUAAUGUUAACAAAUUCAGCCUUAUUGUACAGUGUUACCUUUUUUUUCAUUUGACCUAUGUAAUGGUACAACAGGAGAGUGAAUGUCUGUUUAAUAAGAUAGGGCACAUUUCAGGAGCUGAGAGAGGAAGGAGAACAUUUAUCAGACUACCUUGUCCCUUCACCCUCCUUACUGCAGGUGCCACAGAUAUUAUUGGGACUUUCAACUUCUGCCUGCCUGAGUUUCUUUGAUUCUCAUUCACAAUUGUUUUAAACUUCUUGUAAAGAAUACAGAGCAUAGAUAUGAAUGUGACAAUAAAAGACGAGUAA